UUUAUACUACACCUUUUUGUUUAUUAUGUAUUUUAAAAUAUUUUGUGAUAACUUAUGUUAUAAAUAUUUCUAUAUGAUGUAAAAUAUUUUUACCUUUUCUGGAUUUUUUAUUUUUAACUAUUUUAAACCAUUAAUAUUAUUUUUAAUAAUUAUAGAAAAUUUUUCUACCAAAUUUUAUUAAAUUAACACUCAUUUUAUCAUGGUUUUAAACUGAAUUUGUUGAAAUUUAACAUAAUGAUUUUAAAAUUAUUUUAAAUGUUGGUUAUUUAAAAAAUGUUUAAUGCUAGUUUGGAUUUAUUUUUCUAAUUAAAGCAGUUUAAUUAUACUUCAAGCCUAAUAUGGACUCAAACCAGCCAGUACAAAGGCCAAAUGUGUUUUUACCAAGGCGUAGUAAUCAACCAUCGCAAAAUGAAGUCAAUCAGGGAAAUACAUCUGACGCCCCUACAAUAGAUACUCAUCACUUUUCAAGAGCCACUACUCUAAAUCCACCCACUACUAACUCUAAUAUUCCCAACGUUCAAUCCCGCGGUCAUCCUUCACCUCCGCCAAGGUUGUCACAGGUUACUCACAACCCUCCUAUACCUACUAGGAACAAGUUAAUUAGUACACCGCCCCCAACAUUUCAACAGAAUGUUGCUGAAACCACUGCUAAUAUACAAACUAAUUCUGUAACUAGUAGUCAUUUGCAGACUAAUUUUGUACCUAGCGAUGAUCUGCAGGGUAAAUCUGUAACAUCAGCUAGUAUGCGACCGCCUGAAGAAUUUGGUAAAGACCUGAGUUUGGAAUCGUUGACAUCGGACACGAGUUCGUCGAUUUUAGGGGACAUUUUGGGUAAAAACUACGUUGACUCUGAACUGGAGCGUCACGUGUUCACUUAUGCCCCCUUUAUGCCGACUCGUAUUACCCAGAGCAGUGUUCCACGCCCUCAACCGCUGUCAUACAACCGCGAGUCUGAGAUACUUUACGAGACUGAUAAGAACUAUGGCCUAAUUCCAACCUUCGGAAACCACAGGAUACUGGACACAGGCUCGGCAAGUCCUAUUUAUGUGACGCCCACCUUCACUCAGCUCCCAGUUUUCGGGAGCACUUUGUCUGACUUGAGGCUUCCAUUUGGAGUUUUGGUGCAACCAUUUGCUCAGAAUCAGGACCAGAAAGUUCCUGAACUGGACUUUCUGGCAUUUAUGGAAAAACGCUCAAACGUCAAGAGGGACCUGAUAAGGUGUAGAAACUGCCUGGCCUACUACAAUUCAUAUAUGCACACUAGGUCAAGAACUAAGACUAGAGUUUGUAACCUGUGCUACACAGCAUUCGAGAUAACAGACGAACAGCUGGAGGCUCUCUACAGGAUAAACUCUCAGUACAGAGAGGAAUCACCUCUUAAAAAAGGUAGCUUAGACUUUGUGGCACCAUCUCAUUACUAUAAUAAGGAGCCUGACCCUGGGGGUAUAUCAAACCUUAUUAAUAGGGCUACUAACAUUGGAGUAUUCAAAACCCAACAACCGAGGCAGGAAUCGUUCAUUUACGACACAUAUUCAGUUUCACCAAUACCAAUAGAAGGCGCUUCUGAACUCGAUUCUUACACCUCUAGUCUAUAUCAACAGCCUUACAACUCUGAUGAAAAUGAAUCACCAAGUUUUAAAGUAUCCGAUGGUCCGGAUGAGGCAACUUCUUCACAAAAUGACCAGAAAACUGAAAAUAAAUUUCCAACAUACGCUUUCUUAAUUGAGUCUACAUCACAAGCCAAUAAACUAAAUUUGAGAGAAUCUGUGAUAAGAUCAGUGAUGAAUGGGUUAGAUUUGAUAACAGAUGAAGAGUUUGAUUUGUGUAUUUUCGUAUUCGACAGCGCGUUUUACAUGUUCCCCAUGGGAUCCGGGUCCGAAUUUUCAGUUAACGUGGUGGCUGAGGUGGAAGAGAAUUUUAAGCCAUGCACAAUAUCCGACGUAUGUGUAAGAGUGACUAAGGAUACAAGAGAUUGGGUCAAGGAGUAUUUGGAGAAGAUUUUAGGCAUUCAAACGCUCAGAAUAGCACCAAACUCGUGCGCAAACUUUGCACUGAACUGCGUGCUAAGAGCAAUGAGCAGCGAUAACUGUUACGGAACAUUGUCGAUUUACUACGUUACGCAGCCAGAUAUUGGACUUGGAACUGAUCCACAGACUUUUCCAAAGUCGAAUUUCACACUCACCGAUUUACAAAGAUAUUUCUAUGACUCGCUUCUACGGAUGUGUUACUCAGCCGGGAUUUGCGUUGACGUGUAUCUGUGUCCACCGGAGACCAGGAUCCCCGGCGACAUAGCACUACAGUACAUAUCACAGCAGACUGGAGGAAACUGCGCAUAUAUGCCCAGGUUCUCACACAUCUUUGACUACCCUAAGAUUUACGCAGAUGUUGUGAGGCUGUUCACAGUCCCAGCAGCCUACAAAUGCGAGUUUAAGCUUAGGUGCUCGAAGCAUAUUAAGGUCACCGAGCUUUUGUGUGGGUUCAACAACUCGAGGGCAGUUUCUAACCUCUCGACUAUGGUAGUUCCAAGGAUUGGACCUGACUUGUCAAUAGGCUUUAUGCUCUCACUAAACCACAUGGUAGACAACAAGACAAGUCUAUACAUCCAGUGCGCCUGCUUGUACACUAACACUAAAGGGGUACAUAUGGUAAGAGUACACACACACUGCAUAAGAGUUAUUGCAAGCAUAAAUGAGAUUUUUAAGAAUGCAAACCCAGAAGCUAUCAUGAACUUGAUGUCAAGAAAGCUUGCUCACGGAUACAUAAAAUCAGGCAAAUAUAAUAGAGAUGAACACAUAAGGACUCUGGUUGAGUCUCUGACCUCAUAUAGGCAGAUUUGUGCACCAUCGACACCUAAAAACCAGCUCAUUCUGCCAGACAACCUCAAGUUCAUACCAGCAUAUCUUAACUCGUUCUUGAAGUAUGAUGUAAAGGUAGAAUUUGGAGUGGAGUUCGCAUUUGAGUUUGUGAUGAAGUUGUUGAGGAUACUUAGCGCCUCUCCACAAAUGACAUUUUUCAUGUACACGAGGACAUAUUGUUUGCAUAGGAGCAUUAAUGAGAAGGGUGAUGCAGUGCCAGAGCAAGGCUUUAAGUUCACAUUAUCUGGAGUCCCAAGCUCAGGUUCGUUCAUUUACAGUGACGGCAUUUACCUGAUGGACGAUGGUUACAGGCUUUUACUCUUUGUCGGACCUCAUGUUAAGCAGAUACUGUUGAAGGAAUUGUUCGGGCCAGAUUACCAGUUCCCUCAUGGAAAUGUAAACUCAACUGAACUAAUAGAUACGAAUACGUCAGCAAACCUAUUGGGGCUUGUGGAACACGUAAGAUCACAGCACAAGGGGUGCCCUUACGCCCCGCUUAAAAUCAUCCCAUAUACCUCAAAAAACAGCAAGAUAAUAAAAACAUUACUGCUCGAGGAUGAACUCGGGGAAGAACCAAACUAUAUCACCUUUCUGGUAUCCUUACAUAAAUCCAUCCUAGAUUCUGUGGACAGACUCUAUUAAUUUAUUACAAUUGCUA